CUACGCUGUUUUCCUUGAACAAUGGCUGUGAUUCGUCAGCUGAUUUGUGUGCUGCUAUUUACCUUUGUUGUUUGCGAGGAACAGUCGAAAGUGGUGAAUACAAAGUUUGGCAAAUAUGAGGGUAGUUUAGCAGACAACGGCCUGUGUUACAAAUUCUUGGGGAUCCGAUAUGCAACCCCUGUUAAGUUUCGGGCACCUACCCCGGUCCCUCCAUUUUCCGGGAUAUACAAAGCCGACACUGCUACAGUUGUAUGCCCGCAGUUCCCCACCCACGAUCCUCUAGCGGCUCCGAGUGACACGGAGGACUGCUUGGUCCUCAACGUAUUCACCCCAUCCUUCCUCAACUCCACUCUCCCGGUCAUGGUCUACAUCCACGGCGGAGAGUUCGGCAUAGGCUCCGGUUCCCCCAUAUUCUACGGCCCAGAGUAUCUCAUCACCCAUGGAGUAGUGGUCGUCACUCUCAAUUACAGACUCAACGCGUACGGGUUCCUCAAUUUGGGCAUUCCAGAGGCACCGGGAAACGCUGGAUUGAAGGACAUAAGGGCAGCACUCAGAUGGAUUCAAGAUAACAUUGCGUAUUUCAACGGUGACCCUGAAAAUGUGACCGUGUUCGGGCAAGGCAGCGGUGGUCUAGCCGCUAUAUACUUGACCCUCUCGAAUUCUACCAGAGGGCUCUUCCAUAGAGUCAUAUCAGAGAGCGGAUCACCCUUUGGCACGGAAUCUUUUGAUAGAAGCCCCCUGAAUACAGCAAGUCAGGUCGCGAAAUCUCUGAGCCUGAACACUCUAGACCCGUACGAGUUAUUGAAUGUAUACUCUGAGACAUCGAUCAACAAAAUAGAGGAAGCGAUUGAGAAACAAAUGAACGCAAAAUCUGUGUUCCUACCGAGUAAGGAAAAGGUUUUCAAGGACGAGGAGCCGUUUCUAACCGACACUCCCUACAACAUAAUAUCUAAAAAGACCAAAUCGUUCAACCCGGUUCCGAUACUGACGGGGCUUAACAUUGUUGAAGGGCUGACGGCUAUACUAGACUACAACACCAUCACGAGCCAAAUAUUCAGGAUUCAGAACGGGGAUUACUCUGCUAUCGACCAUAGGAACCUCAUUAUACCUGAAGACGAGAAGGAAGACUUUAGGGAGCUGAUCGUAGACACGUAUUUCAGUAACACAACAGACGAAGAAAUUGUCAUUGGAGGAUUGAUCAAUCUAAGCACUGAUUUCUCCUACGUCGGUCCCAUGUCCUUGUUCACUGAACUAUAUUCUAAUAGCUCGAAGACCGACAUGUUCACUUACGUCUUCAGUUACGUUGGUACCAGGAAUUUGGGCAGAAUGUUGACCAACAGCAGUCUAGCAGCAACAGCGAAUAGAGACGAGCUGUACUACAUUUUCGAGCUGGAAAGAUUGAGCCUGCCUUUAGAUGAGAAUGACGCGCGAAUGAUCACCUUCAUGACUACGAUGUGGACCAAUUUCGCUAAAUUCGGCUCUCCAACCCCAGACACGAGCAACGGGGAGUGGCUGCCGUACCCCUACCACCUGGCCAUAGACCUGGAGCCGCAGUACGUCGCCCCGCUCACGCCUGACCGCGCCAACUUCUGGCGCCUCCUCUUCUACAAAUAUGGCGUAGAUUGACACUAAAAUUGGCGGGAAAUUAAUUUAUUUCUAUUU